AGUGGACGAAACGUUGCUAUAAAUAUCACGCAAUUCAUGAGUAUGAACAAUAUUUUGUUAGUUUGGAUUUCUUUUUAACUCGCGCAGUCUCUUUGUAAAUCCUUCUUCAUUUGCUUCCUUCGGAAGAAUUUGUUGUCUGGAUUAACAGUGAUAUCGUCGAAAUCUUGAGAGGGUUCGAUAGCUGAUCGUUGUGUGAUUCUUUAGGACCGGAUCAAUCGUUCGUUGUGAUCACACCUUUAGGGUUUCAAGUUUCCGAAUAACCGCGUCGGUGAUCAGGGGCCCUAUCAGUUUGGUUGGAUGACCUUGCAACUAGAGCUGAACUAUGGCUUCAAGUAUGUCAUCUGGAGAGCGAAGGUGGGUUUCUGCACGAAGAGGGGGUAUGACAGUUUUGGGGAAAGUUACUGUCCCAAAGCCUGUUAAUCUACCCAGUCAAAGGUUGGAGAACCAUGGUCUGGACCCAAGCGUUGAAAUUGUCCCAAAGGGAACACUAAGCUGGGGAAACUGUUCAUCUUCUUCUGCACCAAAUGCAUGGGGUUCUUCAGCAUCAUCACUUCUUAAUUCUGAAGGAUCUGUUUCACCAAGUCGGCUUACUGGUCGCCCUUCAUCGGGUGGAACUGGCACUCGACCAUCGACAGCUGGCAGUGAUAGAUCCUAUGAACCUGCACCUAAUGCGUGGGGUCCAAAUUCUAGGCCAUCAUCAUCAUCUGGAGCAUUGGCAUCAAAUCAGACAUGGACGACGACAACACGUCCUCGAAGUGCUGAAACAAGACCUGGUAGCUCUCAGCUAUCCCGGUUUGCUGAACUUUCUGAAAAUUCGGUUGCAUGGGGUGCAUUGGGAACUGCAGAAAAAUUGGGAGUCGUGUCCUCCAAGGUUAAUAAGUUCACUCUGAGCUCUGGUGAUUUUCCGACUCUUGGCUCUGACAAGAACAGCGAGUCUCCUGGGCAGCAAGGUCACAGUUCGCAGGGAUGUCCUGUCUCAGCUUCUGGUAGAGUUUCAACCUCAAAAGAGAGUUCAGGAACUUCGCCGGCUGACCAUGAACACGAUGCCAGUGCAGAGGGGGAAACUAAAAAUACUAGCACUGAUGAUAAGUCUUCUUAUGUUGGAGAUGGGGCCCCACCUAGCAUGGAGAAGUGGCAUAUGGAUCCUCAGCCAUUUCCUAAUACUAAUAUCCCACCACAGCAUCUUGAGCCUUGGCAUGCUACACCUGUACGGCUUUCUUCAGAUGGAGUUUGGUACAGAGGACCUCCAGGUGGUGGUCCGUCAUAUGGAACCCCUGGCCCUCCUGGUAGCUAUCCCCUUGAACCAUUUAAUUAUUAUCAUCCACAGGGUCCACCCAGACCUUUGCCUAACUCACAGCCAGUUCCACGACCUGGAGCUGGUCCAAGCAGUUAUCACCACCCAAAAAAUGCAGACUCUUACCGGCCCCAAAUUCCUGAAUCUUACUUGCAUCCUAUGAUGCCCAUUAGGCCAGGUGUUUACCCUGGUAUGGUGCCAUAUGAGGGCUAUUAUGGUCCCCCUCGCAUGGCUAUGUGCAAUUCCAGCGAUCGAGAUGCUCCUGUCUUGGGAAUGGUAGCUGGUCCUUGUGUAUAUAACAGAUACCCGAACCCGAACCCGAACCCGAACCCGAACCCGAACCUCCAUCACGACUCUGGUAAUUUCCAUGCCAGGUCGGGUGGUUAUGGUCCUGCCAGCACCACUAUGGUGAAGGAACAAGUGGAACAUUCUCAUUCUCAUGAUAUACAACGGGGACCAUACAAGGUUAUUUUGAAGCAUCAGGAUGGUUGGGAAGAAAAAGAUAGAGAAGAGAAGAGGGGGCAUGCUAUAUCAACCAAUUCCCCCCUUGAAGGAGGGCAGCAACCAAGAGCAUCUGGGGACAAGGAUUCAGUAACAGGCUGCAGAAAUGAUAAAGCUGUGGGUUUGCCAAAAAAAGAUUUUGCUGAAGAAGCUUUUCCACAACCAACAGAUAAUAGGGAUGGUUCUUCUGUUCCUGUUUGCAUGAAUGUUCCUGGAAGUAUGAGCAAUGCUAAGGCAGUUAAUGACAAUUUGGUAAGAAAAGGUGAAGCUGCACCUUCACCUACACCUACUACACCAGGAGGUCCAAAACAAUUCACUGCUACAAAAAGAAAUCCCACUCUGAUAGACAAAAUAGAGGGCUUAAAUACUAAAGCUCGGAUAUCUGAUGGCCGGUAUGAUGGUGGCUCUAUUUCCAGUAAAGAUGAGAAGAUGAAAAGGUCAAGGAUUGUGAGUGCUAAUGUUGACCAUUCCAUGAAUGAAAAUGAGACUCUUUCUGGUGCUGCUUCUGCUGAGAAAACUUACAUAACGGGAAGGCCAAUUCUGUCGUCUCAAGAAUCUGGCACUUAUACAAGAGAUAAGACCCUUGAACAGAAAACUUUCAAUAGUACAGCUGUUGUCUUGCCAGAUAGUGCAUCUCAAGUUUCUGAUGGCAUUGUGUUGAAUGCUCCUAUAGUUGGAGAGCAGAAUCAGGGUCAGUUUCAUAAGAGGGGGCAAGGUGUUGACGUUAGAGUGGACAACCAAGUUAAGGGAAGGUUUACUCAGGACGGUGAGGAAUGGAGAAGGAAAUCUCUUGUUGGGAAGCCUUCCACCGUUAUUCCUGAUGCAUAUAUGGAGACCUCUGAUGUAAAUGUGCAAGUCUUCCAUCCUCCUCAAGAAGCUUCUGAGAAGUCUGACUCAACCAUUUAUGGAAGGACUGGAGGAGAAUGUGCAACAUCCUCUUUUGAACCACACGAUUAUAACGCACAGCGUGCUAAGAUGAAAGAGAUGGCAAUCCAGCGUGCAAAGCAGCUUCAGACAGAAGAGGAAGAGCGGAUAAGAGAGCAGAAAGCCAAGGCACUUGCCAAAUUGGAAGAGUUGAACAGGCGGACACAAGCGGAGGGUUCAUCUCGAAAGUUAGAAAACUCUGUGCCAACGAGUGGCUCUAUCCAGCAGAAGCAAGAAGACCCCAGGUCUCAUCUAGAUACCAGCGAUUCCAGAGCAGCACAACACUCUGCUGAUGGUGGGAACUCCAGUUUGGUUGCCCAGAACGCUGAUAGGCUUGGAGAGUUGAGCAACUUGUCCAAGGAUCUGCCUUUGGAGGCUUCAAAAUGUGUGCCUCAUGAUUCUGUGAAGUUACAGAACUUGUCUGUGCCAUUGCAACAGGAUGUUAAUAAUGCGGAUGCUGCUAAUUUUAAACCUGCCCAACCCGCACAACUUCAGGAGGACAUUUCUAGCAUGCAGAGACCAAUGGGUCACAGAAAAAAGACGAAUAUUCCAGCAGAAAAAAAUUUAAGUGAAAGGCCAACUCCCACUGGAAGCAUUGAGGCCUCGAGAAGUUCCGUUAAUGUGGUUCCAGAUGUAAAAGCCCCAAGCAGUGAUUCUGGCAUGCCCAAUAGUGCUGGUAGUGUUGAUAAUACCUUGCCUCUGCAGAAAAGAAAAACACACAGGAAUGGGAGGAGCAAGCACAAGCUAGAUGAAACUUUAUCUGGUGCUCUACCGUUGCCAACGUCCAGUGAAGGGAAUCCUGAAAAGGUUCACGUUGAAAGUGAUAAAGCAAAGGCUUCUGAAGUCGUGUUAGAAGUAUCCUCAGUUCAUGUCACGACUUCAAGGGAGUCUCUGGAGGUUCAAGAUUGUCAGAGUGUUCCAUCUGCUGACCAAGGUUGGUCCCUGUCAACUGAAGUAGCCAACAGUAGAGCAAACAGCCAAUGGAGGCCUCAACCUCGGCGGAUGCCUCGAAGCCAACAAACUACUAGAUCAACAGAUAAAUUUCAUGGUGGUGAGGCUGUUGUUUGGGCUCCUGUCAGGUCACAGAACAAAAAUGAGGAAUCAGAAGGAGGCAGCCGCUGCACUACUCCCGAGGCCAAUGCUUCCUUCACAAAAAAUGGGCUGGGAAUGGAGAGCAAUGUGGCAAAAGGCAAGAGGGCUGAAAUGGAGAGAUAUGUCCCAAAGCCUGUGGCUAAAGAAAUGUUGCAGCAGGGUAAUACUGAGAGGCCAUCUCCUCCCAAAAUUAAUCAAUCACAAUGUGAUGAGGCACCUCAAAGAGUGCAAUCUGGUUCUCAGAGUACUGAAAGUGGAGGCCCUGAUGGCUUGGGUACUGGGAAAUCAGGGACUGUUGCGGAGCCUAAGAAUGUGGGGAGCAGGCAUAAUAAACAUGGUAAAGCUCAUGGAUCAUGGCGCCAACGUGGUUGUACUGAGCCACCUCCUGUGCAAGGCUUGCAGGAGGGAUCAUCUCUCUCGUCAGGCACUGGCAAGAAUUCUUAUAAACCCAUUGAGCCGCCCCAAUCCCAGAAGCCUGAGCCGAAAGGAUCAGAAAAAUAUUCUGACAACUGGACUUCUAAUAAUCCUGUCUCAACUGAUCCAGUUGCAACUGACGUGAAGGAUAACAGUUUAAUGGGGAGAGGGAAGCGACAUCCAUUUAAGGGGCACAAAAAUUCAGGGCACAGUUACAAUAUUGUUGAUCAGAAAGAUGUACGUGGCACUAAUAAAAUUGAUGCUCAAGCUUCAGCCCUUGAGCUGAACCAGCCUGAGGGAAGAGUUGCAUUGAGAGAAAACCCCGUAGGGGAACAUUCAACUUCUGACUGGCAACCAAAAUCUCAGCCGCAUGUUGCACAUAACCAGCAAGGCAACAGGGGCAAUGGCGGUCAAAGGGUUAUGGCGCAUGUUAGUAGGACUUCUGGAAAGGAGUCUACUCCUCAUGCUGAUGGCCGCACAUCAGAGAACAAAAAUCAUGGUCCUUUUCCAGACCAGCCUCAGCCUCAUCAGUCAGAGAUGUCAAAGACUAAUUUCUCUGAACGAUCCACUGUACGCAGCCGUGAGGCCAAGAAAGAAAAGAAGGGUGUAGAUUCAUUCAAAGAACGCGCAGUCUCCCCAAACCUAGAUCCUGUUAAACAGAGUGAAAUCAGUCUUGUAAAUGUUGAUACCCAACAUGAGCAACAGUUUUCUCCUGGAUUGCGCAGGCAUGGGAAUUACAAUGGUCGUUUUAGCAGGGUGCAGGAAUCACCUCAUGCAGGCCACAAUGCAGGAGGGCAAGAUGGCAGCAAGCAAACUCAUAUGCCUGUAAGUGGUGAUAGGAAGAGGCAUAAUUCACAUUAUGAGUACCAAGCAGUUGGGCCACACAAUAACAAACCGGAAGACUCCUCUGAAAGUUCCCGUGUAAUGGGUGCAAGAUACCGUGAGAGGGGUGGUCAGAAUCACUCAAGGCGUGGUGGGGGAAACUUUUAUGCCCGAAGCAGCGGCACCAUUCGAGUUGCUGCUGGUUAUGGUAAUGGAGAGUGAAAACAUGAUGUGUUUUCUUGUUCAAAGCCAUUUCCUCGUACUGCUAAGUAGGGUACUGGCCUGAUCACUAAUGCCAUGCAGGUAUAUUAAUUGGUACUUUCUCAUUUCAGUCUGUUAACUGCAAAUAUUGACUGGUUCACCUGAUUAUGCGAGUCUGUUUAGCGUGAUUCAGGGCCAGUAGUAAAAUUGAACAAGACAUAGGUGAAAGCUGGUGAGGGUAGCGGAUGUGGUUGGAUUUUUUAUUCUGAAGAUGUAUUUGAUUUUGAACAGCGUGGUUACGCAUAUUCAGUUUACUGUGGAAAAACUCUUGGCUCUCAAAGGUUCAUCUCCAACUGCGUUAAUGAAUCUGUGAAGACAAACAGAGAAGAAAAAGGGUUGUGCUUACCCCUUCUUUGUAGAAUCCCUCGGGGAUUGAUGAUUUGACUUUUUAGCAGAGCAAUGGUGAAAAAAGCACAUUUCAUUUCAUCCCGUGUUGGUCCCUGGCAGGAUAGACCGGGUACUAUGCUUACAACCUAACGUGUUUUCAACUCAUUGAACAUAGCUAUGAGAAAAUAACAUUUUCUACCGAAUUCGAAUCCUUUUUUGUAAUAAAAAAUCAUGACUGGAAAAUCAGGUUUUUUGAUUCUGA